AUGAUCCUCUGUGCUAUCGUGGGGUUGGUAGACGCCGACUCGUUCCGAGCACUUCGAUCUUCACGGGAAGAUGUGCUUUUUGCAUACUUGACCUACACUGAAGGCAUGGAUCAGCUGGAGCUUGUCGUGGACGCGCUGCCUAAUGCGGGCGAGUCGCUCUUCCGCUUGUACCUCGCUACGUGCUCUGGCAGGUCCCAAGGACGUGUUCUUCUUGAAGCUGCUGAGCCCCGACAUGGGGGUUUUCUUCUUGAGCGACCUGGACGCGAGGAGCAGUGGCUUCUGCUGUCGAAAGAGUACGAGAAGAACGACAAUGAGCGCAAGGCCCGGAAGCUACGACGAGCCAGCGUGAACGCGUCGGACUUUGACAUUGAGAUCGAAGAAGACACGACCGACGGGCGAUCUAUGUCCCAGUCGUCCACAGCAGCAUCGAUCGAGCGCUUCCAGAUUAUCAUGCUGAACUACCUGCGGCACCACAGCUUAUCCAGCGCCCAACUACUGCAGCUUGUAUCCAACACGUUCUUGUUGAUGCUGGAAGAAAGGACGCCUGCUUCACCACUAGACGUCAACUCUGAGUAUGUCGCCGCUAUUCGUCUCAAGAUGCUGAAGACGCUGUUCAAGAUGCUGUCGCGAGAGGAGAGGGCGGCGUGGAUUGACCGGAUCAACUUUAAACACCCAACGGACAGCUACAAGAAGAGGAUCCAAGACCUGAAAGACGCGGUCGCAGCAGCGAAGAGCGCACCUCCAGAUCUUAGUGACCCCGGGGCGCAUAUCUCCCGAAUGAAGGCGGAUCUGAAAGUGCGCUGGCUGGAGGCGAUCAUGGAGUACGCGUUGAACGAAACGGAGAGCUCAGCGAGGCUGGCGGCGCUCAAUCAGGCUCUCCAGCCGUUUGCAAACGGCGAAUCUCCGCUAGAGGCGACCAACGUCUCCUGGUCUCACCGGCGCGUGCAGAAGCUGCAGCAGGAGGCCGUCGACAGCGGCGCCAAGAACGCCGCCGUGGAGAUGCGCUGGGCCGACCUCUUCGAGGACGCGGUGAUCCGCGAGUUCCAGAACCAGCUCAAGGCCAAGGACGAAGAGUACGUGGCGGCGCUCAAGGUGCAGGCCGAAGAGGUAGAGAAGCUGGUGGAUCGGAUGAGUCAGCAGUACCGGGAAAUGCAGGAUGAGUACGAGCUCGAGCUCGAGCAGAUGGAGGACGCCUUCCUCAAGGAGCGCGACGAGCGCAUCGCCAACAACAAGCUCGAGAUCGACUCGCUGUUCGAGCGCAGACGCGAGAUGGAGAUGGUCUACAUGGAAGCCAAGCAGACGCGCGACGAGCAGUAUCUGCAGGAGAUCGAGGAGCUGCGAGUGCGCGAUGCGGAGGACUACAACGAGCUCAAGAUCAAGCUCGAGACCAACAUCCAGACGCUCGAGCAGCAGCUCGAAGAGAUGCGCGCCACGUACCAGCUCAACACGGAGAGGCUCGAGUACAAUUACCGAGUGCUGACGGAGCGCGACAUGUUGAACUCGGCCACGCUCAGUCAGCAGAAGCGGAGGCU